AUGACAGCACAACAACCCACCAAAUCGGAGAUCCAAAGCCUGGUCAGCCUGAUACAGAGCAAUACGCUUCUCAACCGCCAGCUUCAAUCAAUCUGCCAAAUCAACGGAUUGAAGGGCUCUGGCGUAAAAGCCGACCUUCAACGCCGUAUCGUGGAACGAGUUACUUUCAAACCGAGUCCUUUCUAUGAACCCAAGGCACUUGUAGCCGACGUCAGGGUAUGCGACGCCAUGGCACAUCACCGCAACACGGUCGCCAUCUCGUUAAAGGCGCAUGAGCUCGGCAAUCACCUGUCUGACCCGUCAAUCAGGAUCUUUGUGUUUUGUUCCACGGCAGAUACCGGCGUCCAGGACAUUGCCUUCCCCUACCAGUCGGAUCUCAAGGUUAACGGUGGAGAUGUUAAGGCGAACCUCCGAGGCCUGAAGAACAAACCCGGCUCCACCAGACCCGUUGACAUCACUGAUCAGUUGCGACUCAGGCCUGCGGGCUAUAUCAACAAUGUCGAGUUCACUUAUGCAUUGACCGACAAGGGACGUGUCCCAUCCAAAAAGAAGAAAGAGACACAAAGGUAUUACAUUUCCAUCUACGCCUGCAAGUCGCACAAGGCCCCUGCGCUUGUUGAGAAGAUCAGAGCCGGCAAGAAGAUCCCCCGGGCUUCUGUGGUUUCGGAAAUUACUCGCAAGGCACAGGAUACGGAGAUUGAGACGACAUCAUCAAAUAUGUCGUUGAAAUGCCCACUAUCGUAUUCGCGACUGGUCGAUCCUGUCAGGUCUACGGCGUGUAAACACAUACAAUGUUUCGACGCACUUUCCUACUUGCAGCUGCAAGAGCAAGGCCCGCAAUGGAUAUGCCCCAUUUGCAACAAGCCUGCUCCCUUUGACAGUCUUGCAGUUGACGAGUAUGCCCGUGAGAUUCUGGCCAAGACAUCGCAGUCGAUCGAGCAGGUCACCAUCGAUCCCAGUGGAGAAUGGCGAAUACCAGGCUCCGAGUCGGUGGACUUGAGGGACGAGGCCGGGAAUGGAGGUGGUAAUGAGACCAACUACAUUGUCGAUGAUGAAGUGAUAUUAUCCGACAUCAGCAUUUUCAGCGGUCGUAGGACAGCCACCCCGAGUCGGUCGUUACAGCUACCCAGCACUCCUAAUACCGGAGUUUCAAGAGAGGGGUCAACUAUGCCCCGUUCGGUUGCCUCAGCGGGAACUAAGCGCUCGGCAGCAGUCAUUGAUUUGACACUGUCGGACGACGAUGAGCCUUCUGGCCCCCCGCCGACAAAAAGGCAGAACGUCAAUGGCUUCUACUAG